GCGAAUUCUGGGUAAAAUAACGUGUAUCGUGCCGUAUCGUCGCUGUAAAAUUUCAUCGAUAUUGAAUAUUUCUCCUUGGUACUAGCUACUAAUCAAGUGUCGUUUACAGACUUGUAUCUACGUGCCUGCUUCUACGGUAGCAGCUAAGGCCGUUUAACGAUGAUUGACCUUACGGUAAAGACUUUGGAUUCGCAAAAUCAUGUUUUCUCCUUGGAGGACGAUCAAAUUACAGUUCGUGGUUUCAAAGAAUACAUAGCUGAGACAGUGGCAGUACCGGCAGAUUCUCAAAGACUAAUCUAUUGUGGCAGAAUUCUUCAAGAUGAAAAGAAGUUAAAUGAUUAUGAUGUUAAUGGAAAAGUUAUACAUUUGGUACAACGUGCACCACCCCAACCUGGUCAGCGUGGAAAUGAUGGAGGUCAGAGUCAAGGUCAGAAUCAUGGAUCGCAGGUGUGGCAAAAUCCACAAAGAACACGUUAUCGACUCACUCGUGCUCAAAUGCAUGGCAAUGCUAUGUAUUUGGGUGCAAUGUCAGUACCAGCUGAAAUUGUGGAAGGACAUGGACUACCAGUACCUCAGUUCAGCAAUAGUCUGUCUAACGGUCGAUUAAUUGCUGCUCGUCAUAUGCUUGAGCGUGCAGACCGGCUUAUGGAUCGACUUGAAAGUCUCUCCUGUCCAGUAAAUCUUGCUGCAUCUGAAAAUAAUCGACCAUCUUUAAGUGAAUUGAUGCAGGAAUCAGAAUUGGAUACAGAACAAUUCCUUUUUAGUAACACUGAAGGUGCAACAAAUGGUAGUACUCUAUUAACAGACCCUACUGCUGCUGCAAUAGCAGCUGCUUUCGCUGAAGCUGACGCAAAUAAUGCUACAUUACUUAGAGGGAGUAGUGAUGAAAAUGCUGAAUCAGGACCAGCAAAUGAGACAAAUGAAGAGGAACAAUCAGAUGAACAACAGCCGCAACAACCUCAAUCUGAACAACAAGGUUCCACAUCGAAUAAUGAUGAACAAUCUAAUCGACGGUCAUCAACACAACUUCCACGACCUCCACAAUUGGCAGAGUUAUUAGAGCAGUUACUUGAUACUCAAUCUCGUUUACGACCUCAUAUAGAUCGUUAUCGUAAACUUAUGCGUAAUGAUCCUUCAUUACCUCCGCGAGGAAGACGCGUUGAAGAAAAUCAAAGACUUGUGGAUGUUGUUAGCGAAUGCUUGCACUAUAUGUCGCACGCUUGUCAUGCUUUAAGCGAUAUAAUUGUCGAUAUGAGUCAGCAGCCCCCUAGGAACUUGCGAUGUAGACCAAUUAUUAUUCAACAUUCAGCUAUCUUGCAGCCCGGUAUACCAUUCCAGGUAGAGGCACAUAUUAGUUUACACGGACGUAAUGCAAAUAACAAUAAUGGUAACGAAGAAAAUGGAGAGUCUGGCGAGACACCUGUACAAUUAGAGACAAAUGAAGCUACUACUGAUGAUGCUAAUCAACAGCAAGAAUCUGAAUCUGCUACUCAACAACAAGCUGAGCAACAACAGCAACAACAACAACAGAUUCCUCCAUCACUAUCUCCGUUUGAUACAGUGUUCAACUUGCCAAACAGUGUUGAACUGUUAAUGGAAGUUAGUCCUGAGGGAAGCAUAGAAGCUACAACUGGAAGUGAACAACCUCCGGCCGGUGAAAAUAAUAACAAUAGUAACAACAAUAAUAAUAAUGGUGGAAGAGCAGGUGGUUCUAGCAGUCCGUUUUCAUGGGGUUCAGCUCCUCCACCCGAUUUCAUACGCAAUCUGAUGCAGGCUGUGGCUGGUCAUAUGGUACAAGGUGGUCCUACUAACACAAGAAUUAUAACUCGAAAUCCUCUGACAGUAAGUCAAUUAACUGUUGCAUCACUUGAUAGUGGAACUACAAAUGCUGGGCAAAGUACACAAGCACGGAGCAAUGUUGGUACUCACCCUACCACAGCAACACAAACUAGAAGCACAUCGCGUCCGCAUGUAUUCCAUCAACAAACUCAUCCUUUAGGUGUUGGAAUGAGUAUAGGACAAGCAUUUGAUUUUGAUCCAUUCCUAUCCUGUAAUUCACACCAUAUUCGUCGCACUUCAACUACAACUUCUAGCACUGUUACAUCUAGAUCACAAGGGACACGAACAAAUCAAACCACAACUGAAUCGCAGUCUCAAACACAAACAGCUACAACUUCAAGUGCUACCAGUAAUACUAGCUCUACAAAUACUACAGCAUCAACGACCUCACAAACGAAUGCAAUCUACGAUCCCUUAAUGUACUUACAGCAACAGCUUUUAGGAGAUUCUACGUCACCCGAAAAUCUUGCUAAUAUGGUACAAAUACGUACUGGUGGAAACAUUCGCCCGGGAGUUGUUGGAAAUGGCACCAAUAAUUCUGCUGGAGGUGAUCUAACUCUUGCAGACUUAUUAGAACGUAGAGGUAUUGACAUGAGUCUGUUUCAAUCACCAGAUUCAGAAACUGCAGAAAAUUUCCUCGCGAAUUUAUCUGUACUAUUGGUACAGAAUAUGACAUUAGAAGGUUUAAUAAGAUUACGUAUUGGCCAGUCAGAGCCAAUUUCUCAUCUUCGAAGACCAUUGCAAGAACUCUUCCAAUUUUCUUUCCCAAAUAUUCCACCAGAAACACUUCAGGAACAUGCUACAGAGCGAUUAUUGUCACAGUUAAGACCACAUUUUCAGACUCUGUUAAAUACAGAAGAAAAUGUUAAUGGAAGAAAUGGUUCACAUGUAGACAUUUGUGCUACUGUUGAAGCAUUGCUUGCUCGUCAUAUUAAAGAUAUAUUACAGUAUCUAUUUAAUAAUGAUAUCGAUGAUGCUAGAUUCGGGCAGGCAAUUUUUAAUAUUGUGAAUAAUAUGGGAAGACAAUUAUGUGCAGUACUUCGGUAUUCUAUUCGUGGUGGUCAGGCUGGAUUAGAAGUAAUUGCAUCACGUUUUGCGACUGAAAUGUUAGAGGGUAUUCAUCCCACACUGCGCCGAUGGAUGCUGAACGCAUUUAUUGUUCAGUUCCGCACUUAUUCUUUACGAGUUACACAACCUCCAGAUUCAGAAAUUUUUCCACUUUUAAUAUACAAAGAUGUACCUUCUGAAGCAACAACAAUGCCUUCAGCUCCAGUACAUCAACCUUCCCAAAUACAAUCUGAAGUGGAGCCUAUGGAGACAGAGACUGUGCAAGAAAGAACAACUUUUGAAACAUCUGCUUUACCAGAAGAUAGAGAAGAAAUUCCUGAAACAUUCCCAGGACAUGAAGCACUACCUUCAGAUUGGGUACCAAUAAUUGCUCGAGAUGGACUAAGGCAGCGACGCCAACUACAAAUGCAGGGAAUAACAAACGGUGGUGUAACAACCCUUAGUGAUGCUUAUUUAGGUACACUGCCUACUAAACGCCGUAAGCUUAUCGAACAGCAAAAGCCACGAUUAUUAGUUAGCCCUACUCCUAACCAUUCAGCAAUAGCGGCAUCUAUGGAACGUUUAGUGAGAGAGGGGGUAACUCGAGCGGGUGUAGAAGAGGUUGAAGGUGCUGCAAUUGCUGUGGCUGUCGAUCCCGGUGUUAGACGUGCAUUUGGUCAAGCAAUUAGGGACUGCUUAAAUCCACAUAGAUUUGGAACACCAGAUUUCCCAGAUCCCUUGCGUUUUCCUAAUGCAACCAAAUAUUUUGCUGAUCAAGAUAGACCACCAAAAUAAAAAUUACAGGGAGGGAACAGUUCGUAAUGUCUUAGAGUAUUUAUAACGGAGAAACCAGGUAGUGUCUAAAAAAAAAAGUGAGAAAUUACAAUGACCAAGGCAUACAAACAUAUAUUCUUAGUAUAUAACCACAGAUAUUAUUAGUACUUAUAAUUGUAUAUGUUAGUUAAUACAAUACAAUGAUUUUGAUAAAUCUGAAAUGUUUUGAAAUAUCAUACAGUACACUAUUUGUUUAACCGAAAUAGCCUGUAGUUUUGCAAAAUACCAUUGUCUUCUUAAUAUAUAAAUAUGUUACACAAUUAACAUUGUACGUUUCUAUAUUAUUAAAAAUUAUAGAAAUUUGGCUACACUUGUUCUCUCCCAUUGUACUCUAAGCAUUAAUUGACCCCAAUAUGACAUUAUAAUUAAAAUACUUCUUUCAUAUUACACUGCGUUUUCUGUAGAAUUAUUGUUAUGCAAAUGAAAUGUAUUAUUCUUAAUCAAAUGACACCUGUGUAGGUAUUAUACAGAUGGUAAUGUGUAUUAUCUUACGACCUAUGCAUAUUGUGCGCUAUUUAAGUGUUGUCGAUAUUAAAAUGAUAUUUUAAUAUCGAUGAUACUAUUAUUCGAUAUUAUUUGUACUAACUUGUAGUCCAAUAUUCGAUUUGAAAUGAAAUGGAAGUCAAGUUUGAAGUCAUCUAUGGUGGUAUUUAGGAAAAAAAGGAGAAAAAGAAAAAAAAAAA